GCAAAAAUGCUUCGUUUUAUUUCUAUUCUGGCCCUGCUGCCAGCCGUCCUGGCAGUACCGGCUAUUCUGGGCGCACCUACCGUUACUAUUUCGUCUCCCCAGGCUACUAUUACGGGUAAGGCUGGGCUAAAGGUUGAGUCGUUUAAUGGGAUUCCGUUUGCGCAGCCGCCGACUGGAUCUCUACGACUGAGACCGCCGCAACCUAUCGAGAGCGAUCUGGGGGAUGUCGAUGCUACGGGUAUUGCGCAGGCAUGUCCGCAGUUCUUCUUUACGACGGAUACAUCUGAGUUCCCUGGGUCUGUCAUCGGGGAGCUAGCAAACAUCCCGCUUUUCCAAAAAAUUACUAAUGCUGGGGAGGAUUGUCUCACAUUGAAUAUUCGUCGUCCCGCGGGAACGACAGCAGAGGAAAAACUACCUGUGCUAGUAUGGAUUUUCGGUGGAGGGUUUGAGUUAGGAUCGUCGACUAUGUAUGAUGGGGCAUCGCUUGUGCAGGACUCAAUUGAUCUGGAUAUGCCAAUUGUUUUCGUCGCGAUGAACUACCGUGUUGGCGGAUUUGGGUUUAUGCCUGGUGCCGAGAUCCUUGCGGACGGCGCGGCAAACCUGGGCCUGCUUGACCAACGACUCGCGCUGGAAUGGGUUGCUGAUAAUAUUGCUGCGUUUGGAGGGGACCCGGAUAAGGUGACGAUCUGGGGUGAGUCGGCGGGAUCGAUCUCCGUGUUUGACCAGAUGAUGUUGUACGACGGGGAUAUCGAAUACAAUGGGUCGCCGUUGUUCCGGGGUGCCAUUAUGAACUCCGGGAGUGUGGUACCUGCAGAUCCGGUGGAUUGUGACAAGGGGCAGGAUAUAUACGACACCGUUGUGGCGUACGCUGGGUGUAAUACAGCCGAAGACACAUUGGAGUGUCUGCGCGGGUUGGAAUACACGGACUUUCUCAACGCUGCGAACUCGGUCCCUGGGAUCCUGAGCUAUCAUUCCGUGUCACUGUCGUAUCUGCCUCGUCCCGACGGUAAGGUUUUCACGCAGUCACCCGAUUUCGCUGUGCAGUCAGGGAAAUAUGCUUCAGUACCGUUUAUCGUCGGCGAUCAAGAAGAUGAAGGCACGGCAUUCGCCCUCUUCCAAUCCAACAUAACCACAACAGACGAUCUGAUCGAAUACUUCUCCAACCUUUUCUUCUUCCACGCCUCGCGCGACCAGCUACAAACACUCAUCGACACCUACGAAGACAUCGCUGAAAACGGCUCUCCUUUCCGCACCGGCAUCUUCAACAACUGGUACCCGCAGUUUAAGCGUCUAGCCGCCAUUCUCGGAGACCUGACCUUUACCAUCACCCGCCGCAUCUUCCUCAAAUACGCCAAAGAGCUCAAGCCUGACGUCCCCACAUGGUCCUACCUCGCCUCAUACGACUACGGCACCCCGAUCCUGGGUACGUUCCACGGCAGCGACAUCCUCCAGGUAUUCUAUGGAAUCUUGCCAAAUUACGCGUCGAGGUCGAUACACUCGUAUUAUUUCAGUUUCGUGCACGAGCUCGACCCGAAUAAACGACGUGGGGAGGAGUUUCCAGAAUGGCCGCAGUGGACAAACGAGGGAGUGGAGUUGAUGCAGUUUUUCAAGGAUAAGGGGGAGUUGUUGAAUGAUGAUUUCCGGAAUGAGACGUAUGCGUUUUUGUUGGAGAAUACGCAGACGUUCAGAAUUUGAUUGCUGUGUAUAUAGCAGCCUAGACGAAUGUUAGUGGUUAUUGUCCAGGUGUAUAUGGCACAUGAUAGCUCAGGUGAUAGAUCAGC